UGUAUUAACUCACUAGUUUAUUGAAUGCUUAUUUUGGCCCUUGUAGUGCAUAGUAGAAGAAGUUCGGGGGCCAACUCAAGCUCGCUCCGCAAAAGUCGUUUUAUAUCUGGGCAUGCACAUCCUGGUAGUCCUUACUUUGGACUUGCUGGUGUUGAUCAUGAUCUUGACUUUCCAGAACCAAUGCCUGUGGUUGGAAUUUCAAGAUCGGCAAGAGGGUAUUGCAUAAAUUUAGUUCUCGAGACUAUGAAAACAUAUUCGUCAGAAGAUGGUUUGACUGAAGAGGCCUUAGUUACAAAGCUUCGUAUUUGUAGAUAUCAUCAUUUAUUCCUUCAUACAUCUUUGAGGCACAAUUCCACGGGCACUUGUCGCUGGGGAGAAUUUGGUGAGGGAGGCCUGCUGUGGGGAGAAUGUGUUUCUAGACAUUAUGAAUGGUUUGAAGGCAAUCCUGUCACUGAGCUUUUGUCUAAGGUUAAAGAACUCCAUGGCCUUGCUGAUGAAAUUACAUUUAGGAAUGUCACUGUGUCUUCAGAAAAUAGACCCCGGCCUUUAACCCUUGGAACAGCAACCCAGAUUGGUGCCAUACCGACGGAAGGUAUACCUUGUUUGUUGAAGAUGUUGCUUCCUCCAAAUUGCACAGGUCUACCUGGAUUGUAUGUUAGAGAUAUUCUUCUCAACCCUCCUGCUUAUGAAAUUGCAUCUACAAUUCAAGCAACGUGCAAACUUAUGAGCAAUGUCACCUGUUCAAUUCCUGAGUUUACUUGUGUUUCAUCUGCAAAGCUUGUGAAGCUACUUGAACUGAGGGAGGCUAAUCAUAUUGAGUUUUGUAGAAUUAAAAAUGUAGUCGAUGAAAUUCUACACAUGAAUAGAAAUUCUGAGCUCGGAGAAAUCCUGGAGUUGUUGAUGGAUCCUACAUGGGUGGCAACUGGGUUAAAAAUUGACUUUGAGACAUUAGUAAGUGAAUGCGAAUGGACUUCAGUCAAAAUUAGUGGAAUGAUCUCUCUAGAUGGUGAAAAUGAUUCAAAAAUCUGGUCUUCUUCUAUUGUUCCUAGUGAGUUUUUUGAGGAUAUGGAGUCUGCAUGGAAAGGUCGUGUCAAGAGGAUACACAUUGAAGAAGAGUUUAGAGAAGCAGAAGUGGCUGCUGAGGCUUUAUCUCUUGCAGCUACUGAAGAUUUCCUGCCUAUCAUUUCAAGAAUAAAGGCCACGACUGCCCCACUUGGAGGCCCAAAGGGAGAAACAUUAUAUGCUCGGGAGCAUGAAGCUGUUUGGUUUAAGGGAAAACGGUUUAUGCCUUCUGUAUGGGCGGGUACACCUGGGGAAGAACAGAUUAGACAUCUUAAACCAGCUAUAGACUCAAAAGGUGGAAAGGUAGCAGAAGAGUGGUUUACUACAGCAAAGGUAGAGGACGCUUUAACAAGGUACCAUGAGGCGGGGGCCAAGGCAAAAGCCAAGGUCUUGGAAUUGUUAAGGGGACUUUCUUCUGAAUUACAAGCAAAAGUCAACAUCCUAGUUUUUGCUUCCAUGCUUCUAAUUAUUGCCAAGGCUUUAUUUGCCCAUGUGAGGUUGGAAACAAACAACUUCAUUUAUCUUUUUAGCAUUACUUCUCAAAUCUGUACAGAGUUUGAUGUGGUCUUUCAUGUUAAAUUGUUGGUUUGACAAGUCAACAUAGAUACUCUGUCGGCAAUAUUAUGUAUUUGUUUACUCUAGGCAGUAUUUUU